UAAAACUGUCACGAUGCCGGGCGGAUUCAUACAAGGCUUUGCGCAGCUUUAUUGUCCAACGGCACUUUCCGUAGGAGUAAUACGUCACAGGUCAGAGUUGAAGUAGUGACAGGACUGUCAUGGCGGCGGAGGAGCAGAGAAGAGGUGCAGCUUCGACAAAGGCUUCAAAAAAAGGAGGAAACAAUUCCAAAGAACUUAUGGCUGAACAAGAGGCAAGAAGGAGAGAGGAGGUGAGGGGAAAACUGAGGGAGACGCUAGAGCUGGAGGAAAGAGCCCUGAAGAUUGUGGAACGACUUCUGGAAGACAGUGUGACUGAAGAUGUCCUGGUGGACUGUGCCAAAUUCAUCACUCCGUCUUACUAUAAGGAUGCUGUUGAGGAGAGAUUUAUUGUUAAACUCUGUGGUUAUCCCAUAUGUCCAAAUAAACUACUCAAGAUCCCAACCCAACAGUAUAAAAUUUCAACUAGGACGAAUAAAGUGUACGAUAUUUCAGAGCGCAAGUGUUUUUGUAGUAAUUUCUGUUACAAAGCCUCCAAAGAGUUUGAACUGCAGAUAUCAAAGACACCACUGUGGCUCAGGCAGCAUGAGAGCCCUCCUGAAGUAAAACUGAAGAAGAAAGGUGAUAAUGGGAGCUCUGGUGAAGAGGUGGUUCUGUCACAGAAGUGGCUCCAGGAGGAAGAUAUAGAGAAUCCAUCGGCAGCUCAGUCCGCUGAUCACCACAGCCUUCCUACUCACAGUGACAGCAGUGACUUGGAGCAGGAGCAGGACUUUGUCUCCAGUGUGGUCUCACGGCACCAUGGACCCAGGGUGCACUGGGGCGACCUGCCUGACCGAUCAGGUGAAGCCGGGCGAGGACAACGGGGAAAGAAAACGACGAGGGAAAAAUUGAAUGGAGUGGUGAAUGGGGAGAACAAGCAUCGUCUGCAGUGUAGACACAAGGAGAAGGAGGCGGGGAAAACGAGUGAGAAAGAUGACACGACAGACUCUAGAACUGAUGCGGAACGUCUUCUAGAACAAGGGAAAUGUGCUGUGGAAGAAACUACGGCUAAAAUGGACCAGUGCAGUUUGUCUGGAACAGCCACACCCACUGUUCCUACACUUGGAGACCUGACAGAUGCACAACAAACUACUGUCUCAAACCCAGAAACAGAGAACACACCACCGUCCUAUCAGGACAGCCCCAGUGCUGCCGACCCUGGACUCCACAUCACUCAGGUGGGUAUGAGUAAGAAAGGAGCAGCAGGUCUGCGUGAUCUCCUGAAAAUCCAUAAUGUGGCUCCCAAACCUGAGUCAGUGCACUUGAAUCUAUUUGAACACUUGAAGAGAACCCUAAAGGAAUGGAUCACAGAAGAAACAUUCAGGUUUCUCUACGGUGCUGACGGUUUCACGAGCUCCACAUACACUGAAGAAAAGGAGGAGGAUGAAGAAAAGGAGGAUGAGGAGGAGUUGGAUGAAGAUGACAUUGAAGAAGAGGUGAAAGAAAUGGAUUUCGCAGGAGCUGAUGCUGGUGUGGUAAAAAGGCCGUCAGCUCCAGUCCCAGACUAUCAGGCUCUAAGGAAGGAGACGCAGCAGCUGGAGCUCAGAGUCAAGGAGUUUUAUAAAGGGACGUGGAUUCUGCCAGAAGAGGAGGAGGGGGCUCCUGGUAAACAGAAGGUGUCAGUAAAGGACCAGGGCAGGACUGAACCAGUUCUACCUCUGGUUGACUCUCAGGCUCAGCACAUCAUUCAGAAACGAAUCGCAGUGGAGAAACUCAGCAACUGUCUCAGAAACAUUGUGGGUCCACUGCGUCUCACCAUGAGUGAUGUCUCCCCAGACCUGAACAAACUGGUUAGGACAUUCAGGUUCACCAACACGAACAUCAUCCAUAAAACUCCAGAGUGGACCCUCAUCGCCGUGAUCCUCCUGCACAUGAUGUCAGAAGUGUGUGUGGUUGUGAGAGAAGCCUUGGAGGUGACGGCAUCGGUGGACUAUUUGAACAGCCUCAUGAAGGAGCUCGGCUUAGAGGAGCGGGAUCUGUCCACCCUGGUUCACAUGUUAAAAAGAAGUGGCGCACGCUACGAAAACGUUAUUCCUUCCAAUGCACUGCAGAUAGAAGUCGGAGCUGUCAGGAAGAUUGGAGGCGUGAUUGAUGGCCGUUUCUCCUGAGCGGGCGAACAAUCACUGAGGGAAGGCUGAGAGAUUUUUGAUGAAUAGCAUUGAAAUGUUUUCCUGUUGAUUGGGACUAGUUAGCAGGGAAAUGAAGUGGGAUCUUCCUUAG